AUGGCUGCUAAUGCUUCUACACUUCUUCUCGCCCUGAUUAUCCUCGCGACUAUCUUGCCGGUAGCGCUCACCACAGAGGACCAAGCGAGAGAUGACGACAGUCCUCAGCUUCCCGAUAUUCCGGACGGCGAUGACGGUGACAUUGUGAAUUUGAGCGAGGCGUCGUUUAACGAGGCACUGAGGCAGCACGAGUACGUUCUCGCGUUGCUGUACAACAGCUCGUGCCCGCGAUGCAAGAACUACAUGGUCCAGCUGCGCGAAGCGGCGGAGGCCCUGAAGGAGGCGGGCGGGGGGGUGUUGGUGGGCAAGGUGGACGCGCUGAAGCACGCGGGGGUGCUAGAGAAGGCGGUGGCGGAGGGCGCUGGGGACGACGGUGAGCCGCCGCUGUUCGUGUGGGCGGAGAAGGGCCGCCUGCAGCCGUGCGACGAGUUCCACAGCGAGGACGUGGUGGCGUGGGUGACGCGGAAGAGCGGGCGCAGCGUGGCCGUGCUGGACCCUGCAUCGCCCUCCGACCUGCCCUCUCUCGACUCGCUGCUCGACGACUCCGUCACUGCACUCGCCCUUGCCCUCGUGCAUGACACUCAGGGCGCGGCAGCAGCGGAGUUCAGAGGUGCAUCGAAGGACGUGGAGGGCGUGCGGUUCGCGCUCACCACGCACGCUGCAGUGGCCGCCGCGCUGGGCUGGCAGGGCGACGCUGCUGCUGCCCUGGCGAGCACAGGCGCGGAGGGGGGCGUGGUGGCCGUGCUCAAGAGUAGAACCGACACCUUCCUGCAGUUCGAGGGCGAGGUGACGCGCGGGGCGAUAGCGGAGUUCGUGCAUGGCAACAGGCUGCCCCUGUUUGUGCACAUGGACGAUGCUGCUGCUGAGCAGUUUGGGAAAAACACCAAGUGGCACAUCGUGAUCUUCUGCCCGCGCACCGCCUUCCCUCACUUUGAGGAGUCUCUCACUCCCCUCGCCAGGCAGCACGUGGGCAAGGUGUUCUUCAUGGUGGUGGACUCGAGUGAUGAGGACACAUCAGGCCAGCCAAUGGACUACUUUGGAAUCCGCGAGGGCGAGACGGCCGUGCUGGCUGUGGUCUCAUACACGGAGGAGGGCGAGCAUCACGAGACCAAGCACCGCCUCGCAGGGGAACCUACUCUUUCUAACAUGCAGGAGUUCAUAACAGCCUUCUUGGCAGGUGAACUGCCGCCCUACUACAAGUCCGACCCUGUCCCUGACCAGGUGCGUGGCCCCAUGGCCCGUGGGGCAGGUGUGUGUGGCAGGGAAGUUAUCAUGGUCAUGCAUCUGUGCUCACCAAUGCUUCCACUCCCCCCUUCCCUGUACGCAUGUGCGCCCGCCCUCCCACCUUCCUCCCCACGCCCUCUACCCCGCUACCCUGCUCUCGCGGGGCAGAACGAUGGGGUGGUGCGCACAGUGGUGGGCAGCACGUUCAACGAGAUUGUAAUGGAUGAUUCCAAGGACGUCAUGCUCAUGCUAAGCUUUUCAGACGAGUGCCCCUCAUGUGACGAGCUGCUGCCGCACUUCACGCGUCUGGCGGAGCGCCUGAGCGGCCGCCCCUCACUGCUCUUCGCUGCCAUGGACUAUGCCUCCAAUGAGGUGCCAGGGCUCGAGUGCGUGUGCGCCUCUCUGCUCAGUGCGUGUGCGCCUCUCUGCUCAGUGCGUGUGCGCCUCUCUGCUCAGUGCGUGUGCGCCUCUCUGCUCAGUGCGUGUGCGCCUCUCUGCUCAGUGCGUGUGCGCCUCUCUGCUCAGUGCGUGUGCGCCUCUCUGCUCAGUGCGUGUGCGCCUCUCUGCUCAGUGCGUGUGCGCCUCUCUGCUCAGCGCGACAGCGCUGACUGCUCCAUCCAGGUCAAUGCACCCUUGCUACUCUAUGCCCCCGCGCUGCUCGUCGCCACCACAGACUUGGCCUCAAACGAGGUGCCGGGCCUCGAGGUCAGUGCAUAA